AUGUGUACGGGGAAUUGCAUGACCUAUGUCUUCAAGGGGCUGUUCACGUCCUGGUUUAGGGUUCCACUGCCCUUCCACGUGACAUUUAACGUUGAGGAGGCACCAGAGAACCGGAGAACUACACUAAAUGAAUUGAAGGUGAAGAUACUUUCUGCCGUCCCUUCUCCGCUCUACCAAAAGGCCCGCUCGGACUUCCCUUCCACAGAGGCGGAGGGCGGCCCGGAUGCGGCCUGCCUGACGGGCGUCGCAGAUCGCCUCGAGCCGGAGACGGGGGCGAAGGGCCCUCCCCCCCGGCCCCUCCUCGUCCUCGCCCUCAGCUCGAUGGCCCGGAGUGGCUCGACCCUCAUGUCGCAGUUCCUGGCGACUCUGCAGGACGCCGUCUUGUUCUUCGAGCCCAUGUGGAUCAAGGAGCACACGGCGUGCGCCGAGGACGCGACUUGCGUGGAGCAGUACGUGCGCAGCAUUUUCACCUGCACGUUUUCCGAGGACUUCGAAGAGUGGUUCCGCGGGAAGAUGCUUUUCUUCAACCGGUUCCACCAGGCCGUGCGAGGCUGCGCCCGGCCAGGGAACAGGACCAAGAGGGCGUGCAAGGACGCGCUCGACUUCCGCGGGAUGUGCGAGCGCGCGCCCGUGCGAGCCAUGAAGAUCAUCCGCACCAGACUGGCCUUCCUGGAGCCGAUGAUGCAGGACCCGGAGAUCAACUUCAAGGUCAUCUACCUGACCCGAGACCCGCGCGGGUCCCUCAACAGCAUCCGCAAAUACGGCUGGAACAGAGACCCGCUGCUGCGCUGCGGCCACCUCGAGAAGGACCAGCUGGCCUCCGAGAAGCUCACCCAACUCUACCCCGACAGGGUGAUGCACCUGAAGCACGAAGAUUUCUGCCUCGACCCGAUGGGCAAGGCGGCCGCCAUCAUGUCCUUCCUGUUCGGCAACCCGACCCUCCCCGACGCCCUGAGGUCCUUCCUGGUGGACCACAUGGCCACCCGGUCGACGAAGGGCGGCAUGAGCACGAUCCACAACAGCUCGGAGGAAUUCGAGGCCUGGCGCCACGAGAUCCCUGAGACGCAGCUGCUGGAGGUCGAGGAGGAGCCGGCGUGCGUGCGCGCCAUUCGGAGGAUGGGCCACGUGGUCUUCGGCUCCGUCCGGAGGGCCAACGACUCGGCCAUCUCGCUCUUCGCGCCCAGGCACUGA